GCUGGAUUCCCCUCCCCCCAGCACCUCCGGAGACCGCCCGGCCUGGAAACACCUCCCACCCACUGCCCAGAAAUGACCCUGCAGGAGAUGGUCCCCAGGGCGGCGGGUGAGCCCUGCGCCCAGGCUGACGACAGUGCGGUGGAUGACAUGGACACGUCGGACACCCAGUGGGGCUGGUUCUACUUGGCCGAGUGUGGAAAGUGGCACAUGUUUCAGGCCGACGCCAACGUUCGGUGCUCGGUGAGCAGCGAGGACAUCGAGAGAAGCUUCAGGACCAACCCCCAGGGCUCCUUAACUUUCUCCACUUCCAAGUUCAGCUACAAGAUCGACUUUGCCGUGAUGAAGCAGUUGAACCUGACAACGGGGAAGCAGCGGGUCAUCAGGAGAGCCCCUUUCUCCAUCAGUGCCUUCAGCUACAUUUGUGAGAAUGAAGCUAUCCCCAUGCCGUCCCACUGGGAGAAUGUGAACCCCGAAGAGCCGUACCAGCUGGUCUCUCUGCACAAGCAAAGCAAUGAGUACAGCGAAGUGGCUGGCCUCUUUGGAAAGAGCAUGGAGAGCAACCGAAUUAAACGAAUUCAGAGAAUUCAAAACCUGGACCUGUGGGAGCUGUUUUGCAGGAAGAAGGCCCAGCUGAAGAAGAAGCGGCAGGUCCCCAGGAUCAACGAGCAGAUGCUCUUCCACGGGACGAGCGGGGAGUUUGUGGAAGCCAUCUGCAUCCACAACUUCGACUGGCGCAUCAACGGGGUGCACGCCGCCGUCUUCGGCAAGGGCACCUACUUCGCCAGGGAUGCGGCCUACUCCAGCCGCUUCUGCCGGGAUGACCUGAAGCAAAACAGCACGUUCCCCACGCACGGCGUCACCCUGACCCCGGCCCCGGCGCGCCGGCCGCACAAGUCCAUGUUUCUGGCCCGCGUGCUGGUGGGCGAUUACAUCACGGGCCACGCCCGCUAUGUGCGGCCGCCCUCCAAGGACGGCAGCUUCGUCAACCUGUACGACAGCUGCGUGGACAACACCUGGAACCCGGCCAUCUUCGUCCUCUUCGACUCCAACCAGAUCUACCCCGAGUACCUGAUCGAGUUCCUCUGACGGGCGCUGCUGCCCUGCCUGGGGGCCUCUGGGGGCGGGGCCCGGGCGGGGACGGACUGGAGGACUGCGGCAAGGGGUUGGGGGGCGGGGGCCGCGGGAUCCGACCUGCGCUCGAGCCCAUCUCGGGGGGCUUCUGGCCUCCCGCUGCGGGGUCCCCCUUCUUGCCUGUGGGGGCCCCCGCUAUACUGUGACUGUCUGAACCCAGUGGGUGGAGGCAAUCUUAUUUAACAAAGAGUUUUGAGUUUUGUUGA